GGAGGAGGAGCGAGAAGAGGUUUCUAUAUAUAAAUGACGUUACCCGGUUAUAGGAAGCAGCAUUUAGUAUCAUGGAGCUCCUGGUCCUAUGUUUUACACUCGUGGUUUCUGUGUCCUCUGCCCCGCAAGGAUACAGCCUGCCUACGCCUUCUGGCCCGUCCUGCGGUGAAGGGCAAGUGAAACACGUGGAUGGCAGCUGUGUCACACCUCAAGUGAAGCGUCGCGUGUUCGUGUAUGAUGUUCCAGCAAAUGUAGCUGAGGUUAGCAAGCCAGCCUACAUUCCGGAACCAAAAGUGGAGCGCAAUAUCAUUUUCGUCAGACUACCUGAAGGCGCACAGGGACCAGAACCCAUCGUUGUACCACCGCCACAACAGGAACAUGUGGUGUAUGUCCUGAACAAGCAGUCUGAACAAGACCAGCGAGUGAUCGAGGUUCCUGCACCACCGCCAUCCAACCCCGAAGUGUUCUUCGUGAACUACGCAGAAGGAGAGAACCCGACUCUUCCCAGCGGAGUAGACCUCCAGACGGCGUUGAGUUCAGCUUCCCAGGGUAACGGCCAAGUCUUGGGCGGCGGUGGCCAAGGAGGCGGCACUGGGGGAGGCAUUAAUGGAGGUUCCAACGGAGGCAGCGUCGGAGGGGGUUACAGCCCUCCUUCAAGCAAUUAUUCUCCCCCUUCCAACCUCUACGGAACCCCAUAGAGAAUGUCAAUUCGGUUGACAAAAUCAUACCAAAUAAUUAUUUCAGCCACUUUGCACUGAAAUGCGUAGACAUAGCUUCUUUUAUAUUGUCAGAUUGUACACAUGUAUAUAAAACUAAAAUUGUGAAUAAAAAA